UACAUUGUAGGAGGGGAGGGUCGAAAACUGGAGCUCUACAGAUCUGGAGUGAAGAGAGAGAGAGAGAGUUGGUGCUUACUAGAGUGGAGUGGAGCGGCACAGCUCUGAAAUUGAGCCCAAAAUCAGCUAGUUCCCUGAGGGAGGAAGGGACCGGGGACUUGUGAGGUGCAAGAGGAAGGUGCUUCGGAGUCGCGAGAGCUCGGCCAGCCGCUCGAAAUCCAGUUUUGGCGUCGAUUCGGAGGCGGAAAAUGUGCGGGUCGCGCAGCGAGCAGGAAAAGAAGGUGGCGGUUCCACGGGCGGCUCGGCGGGUGCUUGCAGAGUGAGAGCGGUCCCCGAAAGCAGUAGGUGAUGAGUUGUCCAGCAAAAUGUGAGGCCGCCGCGAUUGAGGAAAAUAAUGCCACUCUGACGACCGCCAGCAGGCCAGCUCGCGAUCGCCGCCGUUGCAUCGCCGCCGCCACCGCCGCCGCCGCCGCUCCGGCCGAGCAGAGUGCACACCAAAAUGGAGGAAGCGGAACACCACUCGCCACCAACCUUCAAACAUUUCUGUGCGCUGUUUCUACUUAACUCUUGGGCACCGGACGAUGUCACCUAAUUUUCGGCGGCAGCUCGCACACGAAACGACGCCCUCAGCGGAAAAGCGCAUCUUUCCGGGAGACCAACGCCUAAGCGGCCGCCACCUUUGAAAACAGACACUCGCUCGCUCCGGCUCCUUCGCGCACCUGCCGCCCCUGAGUGAGACCCAAGACCGCCUCAGGGUUGGGCCUGGUGCUGUUUUUGUGGACCACUGGCGAAACUGUCUUUUUCUCUGCCCGAUUAUAUCGCUUUCGCCGACUCGCACACACAUACACACACUCACUCACACACACACCACACACACACACACACUCUCUCACACACACACACACACACACACACAUACGCAUACACACACACACACACACACACACGCAGUGCGCCGAUUUGGAUGCAGCAGCGGCGGCGGACCGUCGGCCGAACCUGAGUUGCGAACUCGAAAAACUCUUUUGAUGAUCGAUCGGUUUUGAUUCGAGUAAUCAGGCCCACUCGACGAGAUACAGUUGACCCAAAAGGAAAUGCUGGAAUCUGUAAUGUAACAUGGCUAAUACUAAUUGUUCGAGUGAGUCAAGUCCACAAAAUGCAAACGGCCACGUUUUCACCAAAAAGACUUUUCACAAGCCUACUUAUUGCCAUCACUGCACUGACAUGCUAUGGGGCCUCAUCCAGCAGGGAUACAUCUGCGAAGCUUGCAACUUUGUUGUUCACGAUCGCUGCCUUAAAACAGUGGUCAGCCCGUGCUCCAGCAUCGCUGCUUCUAUCAUCAAGAACCCUGUGGCGCAUUGUUGGUCGGAACAGGUGCAUCACAAGCGCAAGUUCUGCAAUGUGUGCCGCAAGAGACUCGAGGAUUCGCUUUCCCUGCACUGCGAGAUCUGCGAGUACUUUGUUCACGCGGAGUGUCAAGACUUCGCGACAGCCGACUGCAAGCAAAAUGCGACCUACUUGCCAGGGGUGUCGCUGGUGGACGUGCGCCACCUGCACCACUGGCGGGAAGGCAACCUGCCGAGCAACGCCAAGUGCGCUCUGUGCAAGAAGACCUGCUGGAGCGCCGAGUGUCUGGCGGGGAUGCGCUGCGAGUGGUGUGGAAUGACGUGCCAUGCGUUGUGCCACAGGAAUGUUCCUCCGGAUUGCAACUUCGGCGUGCUGCAGCCCAUCUACCUGCCGCCGCACGCGGUCAGCAUUCCGCGCACCGAGGUGCCCAUGGAAGCCAUCAUCGGGGUGCAGGUGCGGCGCAAGGAGACGCUGUCGCGAUUCGUUCUUGGUAGCACUCUCGCAUUUAGGAUUUUGGCUCGAAGCAUAUCAGAGGAAUUCAGCUCCGGAGACACGAGAUACCGCGAGGAGGAUUCUGCCGGCGUGCCGAUCAGUGGCGGAAAUUCCUCUGGGGGCAGCGGCGGCAGCGGCUCGGGCGGCAGCAGCUCGUCGGCCAGCCAGAAGAUGGUCAAGGAGAAGGAUGAGAAGGACGAAGAGGUGAUAAAGGUUUACGACGGAAACAACUCGAUGCGCCGACGCUUGUUUCGCGUAAUUUCUGUAUCUCGAUCAGCCAGUUGUGCCCAAGUGUUGGCAGCUGCGCUCAGAGCCUUUCAUCUCCUCCGAGACCCAUCUCAUUUCUUUAUGACUGAUGCGUACGCUACUGAUGAGGUGGAGCUUUGCGAUCCGCACCCGGUUCAAGCCCUUCACAGAAAAGAGGGAAAGAGGCCUGCCGUUUUCUUGAGAGGGAGAGAUCGCGAGGAGGGCGAGGUUCGCAUUUACCCUGGAAGACUGCAAGACGUCCAACAGCAGUGGUGCACGGUCAAGAUCAACUGCGACACCACUGUGGCCGAGCUGACGAAAAUGGCCAUGGACGCGUUUGGGCUCGGAGACGCCAACAGUGAAGACUUCAGGAUGAGCGAAGUUUUGUUGGACCGCGGAGUUUCAGAGCGGGUGCUGGACGAGGACCAAAGACCUUGGCUGAUCCUGCGUCAGCUGGGCAAGGACUCCAUCAGGCAAAUGGAGCUGAUGCGCUUCUACCUGCAGCUCAGACAAGAUCCACACGGUCCCAAUUUGGCACUCUUUGUGGGAAACCUGCCGCCUAACUUAUCUCAGCGCAACUACGAAAACGUCCUUACAGACUUUUUAGGCAAAGAAAACAAGUUCAACAGCAUAGGACCAAUUUAUUACGAGUAUGGAUCAAUGGUGAUAACUUACGAGGAUGCCAACAAGGCAGUGCGCGCUUUGUACAUCUUAAGAGAGUCAGUGUUUGAGGAUAAACACCUCCUAGUCAUGUUGCUUCCAAAUAUCGAACCCUCCAUGGUACCUGCCGGAGUUACUCCUCUUCUAGUUUUUGUUAACGUCAAAUCAGGAGGCUGCCAAGGCUUGGAACUGAUCACCAGUUUUAGAAAGCUUUUGAACCCGUACCAGGUGUUUGACCUGGACAAUGGUGGCCCUCUUCCAGGGCUGUACGUGUUCCGGCAUAUCAAAGACUACCGAAUCCUGGUUUGCGGCGGCGACGGCACCAUCGGGUGGGUGUUGCAGUGCCUGGACAACGUCGGCCAGGACUCGCAGUGUUCGUCGCCCGCGUGCGCGAUAGUACCCUUGGGCACAGGCAACGACUUGGCCAGAGUUUUACGUUGGGGACCCGGACUAGCAGGAGGGGAAGACCCGAUGAACUUGCUGCGAGAUGUUAUCGACGCCGAGGAGAUCCGACUGGACAGGUGGACGGUGGUGUUCCAUCCGGAGGACAAGGCGGACGAUAGCAAGCUGCAACAGAUCGCUAACUCAACAGCAGCCGCCGCCAAGGUGUCACAGACGCCAUUUACGUUGAGUCAACGAUUUCUUACAGCCGGCUCAACCAGCGAGGAUAACACUCAAAUUUUCGUCAUGAACAAUUACUUUGGUAUUGGCAUUGACGCCGACUUGUGUUUGGAUUUCCAUAACGCAAGAGAGGAAAAUCCCAACAAGUUCAACAGCAGAUUGCACAACAAAGGGGUCUACGUGAAAAUGGGUCUGCGCAAAAUGGUCGGCAGAAAAAUGUGCAAGGAACUGCAUAAAGAAAUACGCUUAGAGGUCGACGGGAAGUUAGUGGAGCUGCCUCAGGUGGAGGGAAUCAUAAUUCUGAACAUUUUAAGCUGGGGCUCUGGAGCUAAUCCUUGGGGUCCUGAGAAGGAGGACCAAUUUUCAAAGCCUAAUCACUGGGACGGAAUGCUGGAAGUGGUUGGUGUCACGGGUGUCGUCCACCUGGGUCAAAUCCAAUCAGGCUUUCGAUCGGCCCUCAGGAUCGCACAGGGUGGACACAUCAAAAUUCAUUUGCAUUCGGACAUUCCUGUCCAAGUGGAUGGCGAGCCGUGGAUCCAGAGUCCAGGCGACGUGGUCGUGCUCAAGUCAGCACUCAAGGCCACGAUGCUCAAGAAGACCAAGGGCAAGAUCAAGCGGCGCAACACCGAGCCCUCCAUGCUGGUCUCGGCGCCCUACACCGUGCACAAGCCGGGCGCGUCGCCGGUGCAGGCCAGUCCGCACGCCACCGGCGGCACCCUGUCGCAGGCCACCCUCUUCGAGGACGACAGCAGCCUGAACAACACGAACUUCUGAGACGACUGUCGCAUGUGAUGAAUGCAACACGAAUGAUGAGCAAAUUGAAUGAAAAGUGGUGAUGAAACGACGAAGCUGACUUAAAAAGCGCGGCCAAGAGCAGUUAUUUUUAUUUGUAUGCGAGUGACCGGACCCGACGAGAAAGAAACGAACGUGAGACGGAUUUUUUCAGUGGAUCGCAAAGAUUUGAUUGUCGUAGUAAGCAGCAGAAAUUAUAUUCCCCCCAGGAUUAUUUAUCGGAAUCCAAGCGAAUUGCCAAACACACAGACACACGCGCGAGAAAUUGUUCUAAGGCAUUAUCGAAAAGCUUAUUAUUGUAAAAGUGUGCCAAAUAUGAAGAUUAACCGUUGAGCAAAGAACCUUACACACAACAAACACGCAAACACACACAAAAAAACACACACUCUUUACUCAAUACAAAAGAAAAUGUUUAUCGAGCGAAAUGAAUAUUUAUUUUGUUAAAAAUAACCGAGGUGAUUGCUUUUUCAUAGUCUAAUGGGAAAAAACGUAAAACAAGGUUGUGACUCUGUUUACCUUAAAUUAUAUAACCCCCCGCCAGAGAGUAAAAAUUCGUGAAUGGCAAAGAAUAUUAAUUAAUGUCUAUCCGCAUAGAAAUAUAAAAGUUAUUGUUAACGCGCGCUAACAAGAAGAAAGAAAGAAAGAAAGAAAGAAAGUAACAAUAAUACGGAUAUCUUGUGAACAAAAGAAAAACCCAAUUUGAAACGAGCGCGAGGCUUUAGUCCCGAAGGUGGAGCAGAGUCAGCUUAAAGGACGUAAACAUUAUUUGAAUCAUUGUUACAUAGAGCAAUUCCUUUAAAUGUUAGAGUUGAAAUUGAUCAUUGUUCGAGCAGUGAUUGAACACCAGCCAUGUUACAAUAUCGCAAAGAAGAGAUAUUAUUACUUACUUAAUUAAUUAAAAAGAUAUACAUACAUCCACGAGGAUUAAAUGAAUGAAAACGAGAGUAUUGACCCAGUUGGCGGGCAAAAUAUGUACUGUUCGAAACGAGAAAGAAAAACACAAACACACACACAAACACACACGACACUACAUCGCAGCAUUCUAUAUUCUUACGCCGCAGCGGCUUAAUCUUACUAAGUCAGUGCAUUAAAUGAUUUUAAAUGUCGUCUGAUUGUUAUCUAACUGUGCUUUACGAUGAUUUUCAAAACUCGUGGUGCAUGGAAACACUGCAACAAUUCAAAAAGUCGAACGCACACGCAACAAAAACAACAACAACAAAAACUAACACGAUGUGUGCGGCUGUUUCCCUUCGAGUCCACCUUAUAGCGCGUCCCGAAAAAUUGGCUCAGUGUGGAAAAAACGUUUUCAAAUUUUUUGACGGACGGCCGACGAGACGGACGAGAAGCGGGCGAAACGGUGCGCACAAAAACAAACCAAGAUAGAGAAUUGAUCUCUCGCCAUCCUGAACAGAUCAAUCAAAAAUUUUGCAGGGAGAUUCGCAUUCGGUUGGUAGUGCCUUUAAUUUUAUUGUGUUCCAUUUGUCGAUCGUUCAUUUGCUCGUCGACUGUUCCGCUCCCUGUGAAAUCUGCUGUUUAUUCGUUUGGCCGACGCCGACGCGGUGGUCGGCGCCGAGCGCGUUCUUUCCAACGAAUUAUAAGAAACGGUUCCCGCCAUUUACUUUGUACUGCAUUUAUUACGAUUUCAUUCAGUGGAUCGAACUAGCGUUUAAUUUCAACGGGGAACCAGAAAAAAAUGAAAAAAAAAACGAUAAAAAGCACGAAAAUCAAAUAAAAAUGUCAAAACGCUUGGUUGAGAAAAUCGAUUCAGCUCGGGUCGAAAUUUUGCGUUUCUGCGCGGACCGGCGGUUGUUCCUCGGAGGGCCGGCCGUGGCCGCGUCCGCGGGCACGGUCCGCCGACACGUCGCAGGAAGUUCGCGCCGGCCCGGCGGAUAGCUAAGAACGUGUUUGCAACGCAUGUAUAUGUAUAAACUGUGGUUUCCAAAAGACCCGGCUGAUGACAAAGUGGCUAAACCUUGAAGGUCACAGACCCUGUGGCGUGAAAGUAAGGUUUGCCGUUUCCCAAAGGCCAUGUUACGUAAGGGGCUCAGUGUCUGAAUUCCUCGCACAGGGGUGUCCGACGCGGGGUGGGUCGGCGUCGGCCGCACGGCGCGGCGCCGCCGCGCCACUCCGGCACGGUUUCCAUCCAGUGCUCAAGUGGGACAAGAGGGAUUUCGACAAAAUACGUACUUUGGCCUUUGAGAACACAAGCCGCCGGUUCGGAGCGCCGAGUGGAGGGCGCGGCCCGACCACGUUGACGGCGGGACGCGCCCCCGACGGGCCCGGACGCGUGUUCGGCGGCGACAUUGGCUGAGAUACAAAAAAAAUCAAAUGUUGCUAAUAAAUCAUUAUAUUAUAAGUAGAUCAUGCAAAACAUUCUAGGAACAUAGUAUCUCAAUUAUGAAAUGUAUAUCUGCUGUUAUCCUCCUCACCACAUAGAUACUGAAAACAAACAAACAAACCAACCAACCAACCAACCAACAAACAACAAAUCUAUAUUUCUCCUCCUCCUCCACCUCCUCCUCCUCCACCUCCUCCUCCUCCGAAGAAAAGAAGCAAAAGAUUUAAGACCACGUUGUGACACUCACAAACACACACUCUCUCUAGCCAAAGUGUUUUAUCAAAAUCUUCCCCCUUAACGAUUUACCAAAUAUAUUUGACGAAUAUCAGAAAAACACACGCCGUUUGUAAAACUUCAUUCAAACACUUGAAAGCAUCAAAUCAUGCGCACUCUUUGCUUUGAAAACAUAUUUUGUAUUAUUUUGAGGACAAAAACCCGACAAGCUUACUUAGCAAUAAAAAGAUCUCUCUUGAAACAUUUCAAUGUGUUUAAAUGUAUACAUGUUCUAAAACUAUGUAUAUCUAUAUAUAAAUUUAAAUUUGUUGCUAUACAAAAGCAGCAAAAUACAAUAAAAAACAAAUAAAAAAUAAAAAAUGUUCAUUAAAA